AGCAGAAUAACAUUUUUUUGCAGUGUUGUGUACCCUGACAUAAAAUACCUUAAAAACAUUGCAAUGGAAUUAUUAAGCGCUAACUUUGGAAAAAACAUCACCUUUGUUCGUCCUGCAUAUUUCAUAAUAAGUGGAUUUAUUGGCUUACCUAACAUGAAGUACUACUAUGUCCUUCUUUUUUUUGCCUUCAUCAUUUCCAUUUUUGGAAACACUGCUGUGAUGUCUUUGAUAUAUCUGGAUCCAAAUCUUAAAACUCCUAAAUUUGUUGCAGUUUUUAACCUUGCAUUUGUGGACCUGUUAGGUAGCACUGCUCUGGUACCAAAAGUGAUUGAUAUAUUUCUAUUUAAUAACUAUUCUAUCACAUAUCGUGACUGCUUGACAUUCUUUUUUUUCUGCUACUCUUUCCUUUCAAUGCAGUCUCUUAAUUUGGUUGCUCUAUCCUAUGACCGACUGAUGGCCAUCAUGUUUCCUCUUCGCUAUCAUGUAAAGGUUACACAUAAGAAUAUGUUGUCCCUGAUAUUGUUUUUCUGGUUAUUUGUUUUUAUUUCUAACUUAGUGGCAGUUGGUUUUCUCACAAGACUUUCGUUUUGUAAAUCUGUAGUUAUCAACAGCUAUUUCUGUGACUACGGUCAGAUUUUCCGACUUGCUUGUAAUAAUUACUUCCCCAAUUUUGUCAUAGGUCACAUGAUACCAUGUUUUGUUCUUUGGCUUCCUCUUGGGAUAAUCUUGUUUAGUUACAUCUCCAUUGGACAUGCCUUAGCUAAAGUAGCUACAUUUGAAGAAAGAGUUAAAGCCUUUAAAACCUGCACUGCUCACCUUUCUUUAGUGGCAAUCUAUUAUUUUCCUAUAUUAAUCACAUUUGCUAUGUAUGGAAGAAUGCAUCAAAAUGCAAGAAUUGUAAACCUGUCUAUACCUGCCGUGGUUCCACCCAUGUUGAAUCCAAUCAUUUAUGUUUUACAAACCCAGGAAAUUAAGUUAUCAAUAAAAAAACUUAUAAAAAUCAAGAGGAAGCCAAAAGUUACAGUAAAGUAAAAAUUUCAAGAAAAGUUAAAGAAGUAAGUUGUUUUGCUUUUAUUUUGUUAGGAAUGAUUGCCAGGUUAAUAAGUAUCCUUUUGUUUCCCCUUUUGCUAAUGUUUCUGCAUUAUAUGUGUAAUGCUAAAGUGUUGAUUACAUAAGUGAAGGUGAGUUAGGAUUGAACGUGAAUAUUUAAAUGUUUAGUUCCAUUCAAACUUUUCUAAAAACCAAAUUGGAAAAAAGAUCUUUUGAUAUACUGAAGCUUUUGAUAAAAAAAGGUUAGUUCAAAUGUCAUUUACUGCAUUUUCCCAUUGUUUGAAUUGUUACAUUUCGAAAAGAUUCAAACAAUUCACAAAGCCUUUUUAAUGAAUAACUGCCUUUGUCAGCUAUAAUUUCCUUUCUGUCCCCUAAUAUUUUACAACUUUACACGAACCAGAGUUAAUUUCUCCCCUUAAUCUAGACCUAACAUGUGUCUUGUAAAUACUCUAAGUUAACAAUAGUUGAAACUUACAAUGAAGCACUCAUUAUUCAUGUUUAAGCUCUACAGCAUGCCAAACAUGCAAAAAAAGUAAUGGAAAUACAGGAGUGCCAUUAAGUUUUCUUUCCGGGUGCCAACUGAUCAAAGCUGGUAGUCAUAGAAUAUUACAAGUACCUAGUUCAAAAUCCAUUCAGUCUCUGAGCAAGAGGAUUAGUCCUACAUUGCUCUGUAAGAAGAACAUUUAUUUUGAAUAUACACUGACAAUAGAAAGUUAUUGUUAUGUGGCUGCAAGGUGGCGCAAUGUGUAGAACUGCUUCAUUGCAACAAAAAGGUCCUUGGUUUGAUCUACGGUCUAGAAUCUUUCUGCAUUGUGUUUGUGUGUUCUCCCUGUGCAUGCAUGGGUUCUCCCUGAAUAUUCCGGCUUUCUUCCACAGGCCAAAAAAAUUACUAUAAGGUUUUUUGCCAACUCUAAAGUUGCUGUUAGAUGUGUGUCUGUUUAGUUGUGUAUUCCAAACAAGUUAAAAGAAAGAUAAAAAAAAAAAAAAAGUUGAGUAUCUUUGGUGACCUGGCGAGAGUAGUGAUGGGAAUUGCAAAGCCUCAUGAACCCUUGAACCACUUGAACACAACUGGCCAAAACUCACCACACUGAUUUACGCAUUUCAUACAGUUUUGAGGAUGGAAAUCUGCUGGAUGAUUAAUGUUUGCAUUUAUUGCUAGAGUGGUGUGUUCAAUAACAAUAAAAGUAGUAAAUACAUCCCUGACUCACAUCAUGCUUAAUACGAAAUAAUUGCUCUUAAAAUGCAUGAAAUAACAUUUACUAAAAGCUGUUCAUAAAGCAGAACUUUAUAACUCAGUUGGGCAGCAACUUUAACUAUGACAGUGCCUAUUUUACUGUAAAAUGGGAAGGAAAAAUAAAAGCUGAUUUUACCGGACCUGAUGUGAACACAGUUGAACUGUGGGCCUGAGCAUGAAGAAAUAAAUUAUGGUGUUACUGCUACUCAACGCAAUCCAGGUGGCGUGCACUAGUGCACUACUGACUGUGCACUACUGACUGUGCAUGCAGGUAACUAUCUGACCACAGUGCAGAGAGCACUGACCCAAAGCAGGUCCGUCCUGCCAAGAUGGGGGUUUCAUGCAGGUCAUGCACAGGGUAUAGCGGAGCAGAGCAACCAGAUGUGCUAUCUGUCAUGCUCCUGCAGCUGCAUUAGGGGCUUCCUCAACCUCAUUCAGCACAUCCAAAUCAAACAAGUGUGAUGCGAAUGAAUUAAUCUGAAUGCUGGGUGGGGCUGCUUUCAUGUGCGCACUGCACGCUGUCUCCUGUCCAAUUACCUGCUGCAUUUGAUUUUCCUUCUUUCACUAAAGAGUAUACAAGAAAUAUAGUCCUAGAUUAAGCUUAUUUCCUGUGAUAAAAAGGUCUUAAAGCCUGUCAAGUUGGGCCAUUUUGUCAUGUCUGGUCUGCCAUGUUCUGUCAUAACAGGCUGUCCUAAUUGUUCCACUUUCCAGUCCUGCCCUUUUCUCUGCUUCCUCUCUAAAACCUCACUUCUAGGACAUGUUCUCACAGGUCCAGAUAUGUCUUGUGGUAUGUCUUAUUGCUAAAAUCUGCAUUUUCUUACAUAUUAAAACCAUAACUAAAGCUGUUGCCUAAGCAUUAUUCAUGCAGCCUAAUGCAUGUCAUGAAAGACAAAAUGGAUUGCU